AUGCCUAUUGAAGUAUCUUUGCCAUUGUUGAUAUUUGUUUCAAGGAGGAGAGCUGAUUACCAUGACAGGGGAGGAGUUGUCAGCUGGUGGGGAGUCGGGCACUGCAGCUUGCUUGCUUCGUUCACAGGUGGAGAUACCACAACUCAUCAAAUUGUCACAGAGACUCCACAAGUUAUCAAGAGCAGUCUUGGCCAAUUUGUGGUGCUUCAACAAAACCAGAAUUCACUCUCUUUGGGGUCAAUGAACAACCGCAUCAUUACAUCUGGAGGACAAGUAGUAACGACUAUGUCAGGCCUUGGGAACAGCAACAGCAACAAACCAGUUGUAGUUAAUGCAGCACAGCUAGGUGGUGCUCUCAGACAACAGAUAGUGGUGACGCAGCCAGCUACUGUCCCUCAGCAAGUUCGCACCGUCCAGGUCAAACAACCUCAGCAGACACAGUCACACAAUAGUGGAACGGUAACUAAGGUGAUCAUCACAAGUCAGGCAGGAGGUAGCUUGGGUAGCUUGGAGGACAGCAGGUCCGCCUGGUCACCAGUCAGAGUGGUACAGGUGGAAGCACCCAGAUGGUACCAUCUCCCACCAAAUUUACACUCCAGCAAGCACAGCAGAUGGGACUCAUUUCACCUUCAAAAACAGUGAGCCAGUCUCCAAACAAAGUAAGUUGAGAGUGUGCCUUGUAUUUUUCCAUUUCCUAUCUUACU